AAAGAUAAGGCAGUCGAUAUCACAUGUUAUUGUGUAACCGCAUAAAAUAAAGACUGCAUGUUAACUGAGUAUCUCAUAGAAUUAAAUAUAAAAAUUGUUAUUUAUAAUUAUAGUUUAUUUUGUACUUAAGGUCUUAAUAUAAAGCAGGUUAAUCAUGUCGGCUUUUCUAACGCGAAAACUUGCCAGUUCGGUUGGCUCUUUUGCUAAAUAUUCACAAGCUGGACUUUUGUCCGUUCGACAUUUAAAUUUAUUGGAGUAUCAGUCAAAAGAAUUGUUAAAAGACAGUGGAGUUUCUGUACAAAAUUUUACUAUUGUUGACGACUUGCAAAAAACUGACAGUGCACUUGAUAAAUUUCAUGCAAGUGAGUAUGUUAUUAAAGCCCAAGUUUUAGCUGGUGGACGAGGUAAAGGAUGGUUUGACAAUGGGUUCAAAGGUGGUGUCCAUUUGACUAAAAACCCGAAAGAGGUCAAAGAGAUUGUCAAAAAAAUGCUGGGUCACAAAUUAAUAACAAAACAGACGACAAAAGACGGGAUUCUUGUACAAAAAGUAAUGAUAGCUGAAUCCGUAGAUAUUAAAAGAGAAACAUAUCUCUGUAUUUUGAUGGACAGGUCACAUAAUGGACCAGUCCUUAUCGCUUCACCCGCUGGUGGUGUCGACAUCGAAGCAGUGGCUGAGAAGACUCCCGAGGCUGUCAAAACAAUUCCACUGGAUAUUUAUUACGGAAUUGACGAUAAAAUAGCCAAAGAAGUCGCCGAAUUUUUAGGGUUCACUGAAGAAACUAUCAAGCGGAAGGCAAUCUUUGAAUUGAAAAAUUUGUGGAAGUUGUUUGUAGAUAUCGAUGCGCUUCAGAUCGAAAUAAAUCCUUUUGUUGAGACUGAAGACAAGCAGGUUGUUGCCGUAGAUGCUAAGAUUGCGUUUGAUGACAAUGCGCAGUUCAGGCAAAAAGAUAUCUUCGCUAUGGAGGACGUCAGUGAAAAGGAUCCCAGGGAAAUUGAUGCUUCGAGGCAUAAUUUGAACUAUGUUAGCAUGGACGGGAAUAUUGGCUGUCUAGUCAAUGGUGCGGGCUUAGCGAUGGCGACAAUGGACAUUAUUAAAAUGAACGGCGGAGAGCCAGCGAAUUUUUUGGAUGUUGGUGGUGGUGUCACGGAAGAACAAGUCUUCCAUGCGUUCCGAAUUGUUGCGGAAGAUCCAAAAGCUAAGGCAAUUUUUGUAAACAUAUUUGGAGGCAUUGUCAACUGUGCGAUCAUAGCCAGAGGAUUAGUCGCAGGUGCUAAGCAAUUGAAGAUCAACAAACCGGUAGUAGUUAGAUUACAGGGAACAAAUAUGAUGGAAGCUAGAAAAAUACUCCAAGAGCACGGACCGCCUUUCACGAUGAACAACGAACUGGACGAAGCAGCUAGAAAUGUUGUUGCGACGAUACGUUCAUAGUAACUAGCAAAAAUUUUAUCAAGACAAUAUGUCUUCUUUAUCUAUGUCAAAAAAUCUCAAAGAAUCAAAAGUCAAAUUUGUGGGAAGUAAAAGUUGAUUCUAUAUGAGGUAGACAAUAAGUAGCGUACUCGCUAUUAUUUUAUAAGCUACUGUUAAAAUUAAGAUGUUUUUUUAAAAAGCUAAUUGUUGUUACUUAAAUAUAGCGACUUAUAUACAUGUUAAUUGACUGUUUAAAUAAUAUAAGGUAUGUUAAUAUUUUAUUCUAAAAAUAUAUUUCUACACGAUUAAA